CUUCCUCUUGCAAUCUCCAACUCCAGUCCCAUCUCAUUCGACACCGCCACCACCACCACCACCAACAACGACAACGACAACUACAAUGCCCCUCCUCACCAAAUGUCAAAUACCCACCUCAGCCGACCAGCUCGAGUUCCCCCCGAACGCCAACGUCCUGUUUGUUGUAUUCGUGACCUCCGACGACCCAGCGACGGGUCAAUCAUGGUGUCCGGAUGUCCGUGCCGCCUGGCCCGUUCUCGAGGCCACGUUCUCCCCCGCGGAUGCGCCCCAGCUGGCUGUUGUAGAGGUUGGACAGAAGCCUGAAUGGAAAGAUCCCCAGAACAUCUACCGGACUACGUGGAAGGUUCCGUGCAUUCCGGCGUUGAUGCGGUUUGAGCGCGUCCACGGAGAGACGGUGGAGACGGGGAGACUACUUGAGGGGGAGAUUCUGGAUCGGGAGAAGCUGGGGGAGUUUGUGGGGUUGUCUGUUGUAUGAUAGAUAGGUUCUUCUACUAUCUGGGUGAAUUUGGUUUCUUUUUAUGCUCGGACUACUCCGUAACUACUAAGGUCGAGGUUGUGUGAUGGAUGCGCAAUGUAAUCAAUACGAA